CUUCGAUCAAUAAUACUUGUUGAUUGAAGUGCUUCAACUAUCUUACUCAGUGUUUGGACGUCUUCCUGAGCUAUAUAAAGUUUCAUAGAGUCUGUGUCAUUAAUUACGAGGUAGUUUAUUGAGGUGGCUGAAACUCGUGAAACCGCAGAUUUCGCGGAGGGUCAAUAAAAAGAACGUCGAGGUUACGAAUAAUCGUACUGCCUCAAAACACUGAGAUAACAAGUUUGCGUUCUACUUCGCCCUCGAAUAUUGUCUUCAGUUAGCUGUUCACCGCGUAGGUAAUAAGACGUCAUGGCUAGCGGAAGGAUCGUUGUUUACGGAGGCCGAGGUGCGCUGGGAGCGGCUUGUGUCAACCAUUUCAAGUCUGCAAACUGGUGGGUCGCGAACGUGGAUCUUAACCCUAACGAGAAUGCUGAUGUGAACAUAACAGUGCCGAAAGACGGUUCGUGGAUACAACAAGAGCAACAUGUGGUGAACGAGCUCGGCAUCGCGCUCCAAGGCCAGAAAGUGAACGCGGUUAUUUGCGUAGCCGGAGGCUGGGCUGGCGGAAACGCCGCUCAGGACCUCAGCAAACAAGCAGAAUUAAUGUGGAGACAAUCUGUUUGGAGUUCCACUAUUGCAGCUACCCUUGCAGCUACAUACCUAUCUCCAGGUGGUUUGAUUGCUCUAACUGGAGCCAAAGCUGCAUUAGAAGCUACCCCUGGCAUGAUUGGUUAUGGUCUUGCCAAGGCUGCUGUUCAUCAAUUAACAAAGUCUCUUGGUGCCAAAGAUUCGGGACUUCCAGAAAAUUCUUUAGCAGUUGCUAUCAUGCCAGUAACAUUAGAUACAGAGAUGAACAGAAAAUGGAUGCCAAAAGCAGACUUUAGCUCAUGGACGCCACUGCCCUUCGUGGCUCAAUUGUUCGACAAGUGGAUCAAGGGUUCUGAACGCCCAGCCAGCGGCAGCUUAGUUGCGCUUGUCACUAAAAACAAUGUCACUGAAUUAAUUGUCCAAUAAAUGACAAUUUUAAUCAUCUGAGAUCAUGAUAUUGAAUGUUAAUAGAUGUCUAUUUAAAAAUAUUUAAUAUAUUUUUUUAGAAAUGCUGUCCAUUUAUAUUAAUUUGCAUAGUAAUUUUGUUGGCUUGUAAAGUGAAUGAUUAUUGAUAAGAAAAUAAUAAUAUCAGACAAUAAGGGAACAAUCUCAUAAUUUAAGAACAAAUGUUUACGUAAUCCACUAUG